CAGACAACCAGACGACCAUGUCUCUGCAGUUACUUUUUGUGACCUUAUGUUUCUUAUCUGUGUCUGGUAACUCCCUAUCUGCCGAUGUAGGACAAACAAUCACAGCACAAUACAUAAAUGAAUUAGUCGAGGAAUACAUGGCAAACCACUUAUCAGCUCUCGAGGCAAAGUAUCAAUCGAAAUUUGAAUCAUUGGACAAAGAAAAUGCCUUACUGAAAUCUGGACUGAUCUCAUUGAAAUCGGCUAUUGAAGUGCUUAACCAUGGAGACCCUAGCGAUGAGGGCGACAGAAACGAUACCAAAAUGAUUACCAACCGACCUAGUCUUUUAUCAGACGAUACGAGAAGUUACCGAGUAUCUACGUCAAAUGUUCAACCACAAGUGGCGUUCCAAGCCGUUUUGGAUCACACAAUAGGGAUACUUGGAGAUUAUAAAACCAUCAAAUUCAACAGAAUUGACCUUAGCCUGGGAAAUGAUUACAACGCUAACACCGGGGUGUUUACAUGCUCUGUACCCGGUCUGUAUGUUUUCCAUACAAAUAUUGUUAACAUUAAAGGUAAAUCGUUAGAAUUGGAUUUUUUGAAAAAUGGAAACUUGUUUGGACGUGCCUACAUAGGAGAUGAGGACACAGGCCGCAGUGAGAGCGCCUCCUCCACAGCUAUCGUACAGUUGGCCGUGUCUGAUACCGUCUGGCUAUCAACUAACACUAACCACGACAGCGGAGAUCUACUUUACCCUCCAUACUGUUACUUCUCCGGUUAUUUACUUUACCCUUACAUUGUUUAAAUUUCUAAAACAUCAGAUUUGCAUAUUACAAAAAUCGUUAAUCUGAAAGUUUAAAAUUAUAUACAGUAACAAAAAAGUAUUGUAAUGUUGCCCUUUUGUUCAAAAUUAAUUAA